UUAAGGCCAUUACUAAUAAUUCGAUUUUGUGUUUAAACCGAAUAUCGAUAGUUUACAGAUGAUCGAUAGACGCUCAUGUGCGUCACUAUGAUACCCGUCUAUUAAGUACGACAUUUAUUUAUACAAAAUGCGAUACUUCUUAUGUGUCAUUGAUCAAAUCAAGUGUCUUAAAAAUAAAUAAACAAAUUAUGUUUUGUUGUGGUAAGAAUAAAUGUAAUCUAUUCUAUCUUUAUUUUAUUAUUUGGAGUUGUUGAAUAUAGUUGAAGUUAUCAUCGUAAGAAAUAAAUACCUAAUAAUUAAUUUUCCAAUUACACACUACAGUAAAGUUUUGAAUGUGAUGCGAAUAUAAUAAUGAAAAUGGACAAGAAGAGUGAAUCUUACUACCAUUGUAUAUUAUGCGCCCAGCUAGAAUGUACCAGUAAAUUAAUCCCAUUGCAAGCAGACGAAGAGGUGUUUCACAAAGCUAUUGUAAAAUUGUCCCGUUUGAAUAUUUUGUACGAUUACGACGAAACACUUCCAAAGAACGUUUGCGAAUCGUGUAACUAUAAUCUUGAGAAAGCAUUUGCAUUCGUAGCAAAAGUUGAGAAAGCCCAUAAUAUUCUAUCUGAUCUUUAUAAAAACAAAAGUAACUUAAAAGAGCAAGAAUCUGAUAUUUCGGAUGAUGAUGAUUUUUUAAAUAACAAACAUUAUAGUAUUUUUAAAGACCAACAGAGCUGUGUUUUGGAAAACAUAAAGGUUGAAUUUUCUGAUGAUCGCCAGAAUCAUGAUUUGGAACAGAAUGAUAAUAUGCAACAUAAACAGAGUGACAUUUCAGAACAUCUGGAUUCUUCAAGAUAUAAAUCUGAAUGCAAUGCUAGCUUAGACUUCGAAAUUUACUCUCAAUCUUCUAACAACUGCUCUGAUAUCUCAGAAGUAAACACAAGUGACCAUAUUCACAACAACAAAACUAAGAGUAGUGGGAGCACAGACUUGACAUUAACCUGGAACAAUUACCUCUGGACUUGUUCCGUCUGUGAAACUCAGUUUUCUAACAAUGAAGAACUAAAACUACAUUCAAUGCAAUACCACCAAAUAUGUAAUGCAUUAAAAUGUUAUGAAUGUAAAAAAAAGAAAUUGCAUUUGAAUGCAUUCAUUGUACAUGUUCAAAGGCAUAACACUCAUCUCAAAUUUAUGUGCUACAAAUGUAAUUGUAAAUUUACAUGUACCCGUGCAUUAAAUAGUCACACAAGAUCAGCUCACGGGCCUAAAACAAAAUAUGUAUGUCCCGGUUGCAAUGUUGAUUUUGAAAGUUCAGAAGAAUUAAAAGUGCAUAUGGAUACAUUCUAUAGAGGAAAAAGGUCCAUACAUGUACCAGUUGAGUUGGUCUCUAAUCAGAAUAGCUUGUCUUGUGAUAUUUGUAAAAAGUCUUUUAAAAAAAAGCAAUUGCUUCACAAUCAUUUACUCAUACAUACUGAUAGAAAGAAGGAGCAUAUCUGUGAUAAAUGUGGUAAAGGUUUUGUUAAUAAUAAUCAAUUAAAAUCCCAUUUAAUAUCACAUAAAGACAAGCGAUCCCAUGAGUGCAAAAUAUGCAAAAGUAGUUUUAAAUCAUUACGACAUUUAAAAAAUCAUAUAGCCACUCACAGUGGUGAGAAGCCUCAUAAAUGUGAUCUAUGUGGCAAAGGGUUCCGUUUGAAGAAAUAUCUCAACUCUCAUAUAAUUAUACACACCAACUCUCUGCCAUAUGAUUGUUCAUAUUGCGAUAAAAAGUUUAGGUUUAAAACUAUUCGGGACCAACAUACUAGACAGCACACUGGAUUCAAACCAUAUUCAUGUGAAAUCUGUUCUAGAGAUUUUACAAAUUGGCCUAAUUAUAACAAACAUAUGAAAAGGCGUCAUGAUUUGAAUAUGGCUAAGAGAAAAACAACACCAGAAGGUGUGUAUCCAAUUAACCCAUCUACUGGUAAAAUAAUAAAAUAUGAUGUUCAUGAAACUCUGGAUUCAAAGAAUCAGAAUAUCAAUGGAAAAGUCAAGAGGAUAUCAUCAACCCAUAAAAAACUACAAAUUAAUGAUUUUGAUGGUGCCCAAAAUGAAAAAUCUGAAACAAAAUGAUUUCUAGUGAACUCUAAUGAUUAUUUAACUAAAGUUUAGUAUUCCAAUUGCAAUUCUAUCUAAACUUCAAAUAAUAAAACUUAAACAUUUUAAAA